UCAUCAGUUUUCAGAUUCUACUUCGACAUUGUUUAAUGUUUGUUCAUAUUUCUCAGCUUUUAUUUUUGAUUUUUUGAAGCAAAGUUGAAAUGAUUUUGUAAAGUUUUUUUUUUAAAUUUAUUUUGUAAAGCUUCUCUGAGACUUUUUUUCCUUUUAUGGGGGUUAAAACUCGGGAGAAAAAAAGUCAGAGUCAGAGUUUCAUUACUCAUUAUAAGCUUUUUUAGACGAGAAGUUGAAAGGGGGUAUUCGUUUCUUCUUCUUCGAUUUUUCUGGGGUCUCUUCCUCUUCCUUAUCCAAAAGGUUCGAUGAAACAGGAUUCGAUGAAUAGAUCAUGUCUCUGUAGUAUCUUGAUCACCACUGCUCUGAUCUGUGGUGCUUACUUCAUUGGAAAUGCUUAUAUUGAUGAAGAAUUUAAAGAGAAAUUGCUGAGAUGGGAAAUCACUAAUAGGAUGUAUAACGUCACUGAUAAGAUACAGAACGUCGCUGAUAAGAUGCAUAACGUCACUGAUAAGAUACAUAACGUCGCUGAUAAGAUGCAGAACGCAACGUCCCCUACAUGCGAGAAUCUCAAUAAGCCAUUGGGUACUGAGGCAUUACCGCAGGGAAUUAUCGUCAAAACAUCAAACUUGGAACCGCAACAUCUAUGGAACUACCGUCACAAUAAAAAGGGGAACCCGAACCGUGCAAUGAGUUUGUUAGCCAUGGCAGUUGGAAUCAAGCAAAAGGAUAUAGUCAACAAUGUUAUCCAAAAGUUUCAUUCUCGAGAUUUUGUGGUCAUGCUUUUUCAUUACGACGGUGUUGUGGAAGAUUGGAAGCAGUAUCCAUGGAAUGAAUAUGCAAUUCAUGUUUCCGUGAUGAAUCAAACGAAAUGGUGGUUCGCCAAGCGGUUCCUGCAUCCUGAUAUAGUUGCAGAGUAUGAGUAUAUAUUUCUUUGGGACGAAGAUCUUGGUGUAGCUCAUUUCAAUCCUCAACGAUACUUAUCUAUUGUCAAAGAAGAAGGUUUUGAGAUAUCGCAACCCGCUCUUGACACUACAAAAACAAAGGUGCACUAUCCUAUCACCGCUCGUCGCAAGAAGUUAAAAUUUCAUAGACGUAUGUAUAAAAACAAAGGCAGUGUGCGUUGCGAUGAUCGUAGCACUGAUCCUCCCUGCACCGGGUGGGUAGAAAUGAUGGCACCUGUUUUCUCUAGAUCAGCAUGGAGAUGCUCUUGGUAUAUGAUUCAGAACGAUUUGAUACAUGCCUGGGGCUUGGAUCUGCAGCUUGGUUAUUGUGCUCAAGGUGAUCGGAAGAAAAAUGUAGGUGUUGUUGAUGCGGAGUACAUAGUGCAUUACGGUCUUCCCACACUGGGUGUGGUUGUAACUGGUUCAAGCUCUUCACCGAAUGAGACAAACCCGAAAUCACGGGUUUCACAAGAAUCAUCAGAGUCUCGUGAAGUGGAUAAUAGACCAGAAGUGAGGAGGAAAUCAUAUGUGGAGAUGAAGAGAUUCAAGGAACGUUGGAAGAAAGCUGUGGAGGAUGAUAUAUGUUGGGUCGAUCCGUAUUGAAAACCUAAGCGGUGUAUGUAAACCGAACAAGACCGGAUUACAUUCGCAAAUAGACUUUUGAGAUUGUGUUCUUGUUAUUUUGUGGUCUAGUGUAUACAUACCAUUGUUCUGGUACAUUAGGCAAAAGAAUCAGUGUAUGUACUUGCGUUUAGUAUUGGACCACAUAAAUGUAGUUUUGUUGUUGAUGAUAUUAUAUUAACUAGAUUUUGUUCCACAAUUUAAAACAAAAAUAUUUUUUAAAAUAAUCAUACGGUUAGGAACAAUAUUCUAGAUAAUAUAUAAUUGUAAAUGUAAAAAUUAAAAUAUUCUGAUCAUGUAUUAUAUGGUUUAAUAAUGUAUAUUUACCUCUUUAACGAAACAUUUUGGCCAUUUUAAUACUUAGAGUCUAUAUUUGUGACAAAAUUUUUUUUUUGUGAUAUCUUAGAGUAUUUUUUAAUUUAUUAAGUAAAAAAAAUUAGUACAAGUUCUUGCAAUGUCAGUUAUGUAAGAAAUUAAAAUCAUGCGGGAUAACUUUGUAAAUGACCACUCUAAAAAUUAAUGUCAAAACAUGUAGGAAAUUGACUUCUCAGAUAAUAUUAUAGAUUUAUAAGAUCAACAUUAAAUUUUUUUACCUCCGAUAAAAACUGAAAAUAACUCUUCUGAAAAAUAUUUGAAUUAAAAAAUAUUAAUGGUAGAAGUCAAAAUUAUUUUAAUCAACAAUUAAAUCACUUAAUAACAAUAAUUAAUUAAAUCAUGUAAACAUAAAUUUUGUGCGAAAAUUACAGUUUCGAUUGAUAUUUUUAAAAAAUAUAAAUUGAUUUUUUUUGUCAAAGAAGAUACAUUGGUUAAAACACAUGCGGAGUCCUUUCUUUCAAAAAAAAAAACACAUGCAGAGUCCCAUUAAACAAAAACUUGGAUUAAUUUUUUUUUUUGAACGACCAACUUGGGUUAGUAAAACUAGGAAUUUACAGUUUCCGCUGUACAGCAAGUAAUAAAGAAGUCUUUCCAAAAAAAGAUCAAGUAAAAUAGAAGAUGAAAGAGGUGGAAGAUAAAGUUCAAAGAUGAGAGGUUAAAACAGGUUGUACUCGCGGAUCUCAACAUUAAUGUUAGGUCUGGGCACGGAUCGGAUAUUCGGGUUUUUAAAGGUAUUUGUGAUUUGCUUCGUAUGUCACGGAUAUCUAAUUUUUCAAUUUGUUUUGUUUCGAAAAAAUACGGAUAUUCGAAAAAACGGAUAUACGGAAAAUAAAUAGAUAUUUGCGGAUAUUUACAAAUACUUACGGAUAUCUCAUAUGUUUUGAUUAAUACAAAUAAUUUUACAAAUUUGAUGCAAAUUUGUUUUGUAAAAAUACUUUUUGCAGGAUAUACAUGAUAAAAAUUAAAAGAAAUAGUGAAUCUACGUAGUUUGUAAAUUUUUUCAACUUAGUUAACAAUUAUAAUAACAAAAAAUUUAAGAAAAAAAUAUUAUUGUCAUAAAUGUGUGCUCUUCCUUUUAUGUAGUACUUUUAUAUAAGUAAUAAUGUGAAUAGAAUUUAUCAAAUCCUAUGUUAGAAUAAUAAUUAUAUAAUUUUAUACAUUAAAAACUUUAAAUAUAAUCAAGAUAUACAUGUAUUUAUAUAUUGUCGGAUCAUAUCGGAUAUCCGCUUUCCAAAAUUUUAAUAUUUGUGAUUUGCUUCGAUUUUAACGGAUAUUGAUUUUUAUUAUUUGCUUUGUUUCGAAAGUUUACAGAUAUCCAGAAUUUUCGGAUCGAAUAGAAACAAAUAACAAAUCAAAUCAAAUUUAACAGAUAAAAUGUCCACUCUUAAUUAAUGUUGUGACCCUUGACCUUGGGUUCUUGACGUUGACCUUGACCCAUAAGGUGAAUUGUGAUCCUUGACCUAUUUAUCAUUAUGUGAAAACGACGUUGUUUGGGUUAGGUUUUGUUUAAAUAGAUCUCUCUUCCUCGAAGGGAAACGAAAUCGAAGGGUUUCUUUUCACAAAUCAAAGAUACUUAUAGAAGUCUAAGAUGAACGACAAGGAUGAAGAGCUGAAGAAAGUAAUAAUGGAUCUGGAGGAGGAGCGUAGUGAUUUAGAAGAUGCAAACUCCGAACUCUGCCAAAAACUAUGCGAAAGCAAUGAUGAGAUCCGAGAAGCACACAAAGAAUUGAUUAGUGGAUUAAGAGACUUAUCGGAUGAAAGUUCGACGAUCAGAGUGAAGAAUAUGGGACGAGUUGAUGAAAAACCUUUCCUGAAAGUAUGCGAGCAGAGAUUCAGUGGC